CGGGUCUGGAGCGCGGCCGCCGCUGUCACUGUUGGUGCGGGCGCGUCGGGGCCGUGCCGGGGCACUGUAAAUGGCGGCGGAGGGAGGCGGAGCGGCGGCCACGCUCAGCCCAGAUCCCCCGAAACUUUAGGUUCGAAGCCCCACAACUUUCCGGGAAGCGCUGCCGCUCGGGAGGCGUGGACGGAAGGGGAAGCCGAGGCGGGAAGUCUGGGGGAAUCGGCAGGGAGCCGGGGAGACUCGAACCCGCGGCGGGGGCGGAGUCCGCCAGUGCCUCGCGCCUCCGCGGCCCCCGCCUCUUUCUCUGCACCCUCCCCGCGGCCGCGGCCGGGGCCGGGGCCGGAGCCGGAGCCGCAGUCGCAGCCGCAGCCGCGCGCUGCGCCGAGCCCGGGACUGCGCCGGGCCUCGCAGGCAGCGGCGCGCCGAGCGCAGCCGGGCCCCCUCCUCGCGACCUCCGGGCCCUGUUGCUCGGGCGCACCUGGCGCGUGUGAGGCCGGGGCCGGCGUCUUCGGGAAGCUAGCAGGAGGCCGGGCCACGCGCAGCCCCUGCCGGCCCAGGUUCUUGGGGCCGGGCCCCGAGUAGUGCAUGCGGGGCGGGGCGGCCGUGAGCCGGAGGCGAAGAUGGAAGGCUUAACGCUGAGCGAUGCGGAGCAGAAAUACUAUUCAGAUCUCUUCUCCUACUGCGACAUUGAGAGCACCAAGAAGGUGGUGGUCAACGGGCGGGUGCUGGAGCUGUUCCGGGCCGCGCAGCUGCCGAACGACGUGGUCCUACAGAUCAUGGAGCUUUGUGGUGCAACAAGACUUGGUUAUUUUGGAAGAAGUCAGUUCUACAUUGCUUUGAAACUUGUAGCUGUUGCCCAGUCUGGUUUCCCUUUAAGAGUGGAAAGUAUAAAUACAGUAAAGGACCUUCCUCUGCCAAGAUUUGUUGCUUCAAAGAAUGAACAGGAAUCUCGCCAUGCAGCCUCAUAUUCUUCAGAUUCUGAAAAUCAAGGGUCGUAUUCUGGUGUAAUUCCCCCACCACCUGGCAGGGGGCAAGUGAAAAAGGGAUCCGUAAGCCAUGAUACGGUUCAGCCUCGUACAUCUGCAGAUGCACAGGAACCUGCAUCCCCAGUAGUUUCACCACAACAAUCCCCACCAACUUCUCCACACACAUGGAGGAAGCACAGCCGUCAUCCCAGCGGUGGGAAUAGUGAGAGGCCUCUUGCGGGACCUGGGCCAUUUUGGUCUCCCUUUGGUGAAGCACAAUCAGGUUCUUCUGCUGGUGAUGCAGUGUGGUCAGGGCAUUCCCCACCUCCACCUCAAGAAAACUGGGUCAGUUUUGCAGAUACUCCACCAACCAGUACUCUUUUAACCAUGCAUCCUGCUUCUGUCCAGGACCAGACAACAGUACGAACUGUAGCAUCAGCUACAACUGCCAUUGAAAUUCGUAGGCAAUCCAGUAGUUAUGAUGAUCCCUGGAAAAUAACAGAUGAACAAAGACAGUAUUAUGUAAAUCAGUUUAAAACCAUUCAGCCUGAUCUAAACGGAUUUAUUCCAGGAUCUGCAGCUAAAGAGUUUUUUACAAAAUCAAAACUUCCUAUUCUUGAACUUUCUCAUAUUUGGGAACUCUCAGACUUUGAUAAAGAUGGUGCAUUGACACUGGAUGAGUUUUGUGCUGCUUUUCAUCUGGUGGUUGCUAGGAAGAAUGGCUAUGAUUUACCAGAAAAACUUCCUGAAAGCUUAAUGCCCAAACUGAUUGAUUUGGAAGAUUCAGCAGAUGUUGGGGAUCAGCCAGGUGAGGUAGGUUAUUCAGGCUCUCCUGCUGAAGCUCCUCCAAGCAAGUCACCAUCGAUGCCAUCACUAAACCAGACAUGGCCUGAGCUGAAUCAGAGCAGUGAGUGGGAGACAUUUAGUGAACGCUCUUCAAGCUCACAAACUCUGACCCAAUUUGAUUCUAACAUUGCACCAGCUGAUCCUGAUACUGCUAUUGUUCAUCCAGUUCCCAUUCGUAUGACUCCAAGCAAAAUCCACAUGCAGGAAAUGGAACUUAAAAGAACUGGCAGUGAUCAUACAAAUCCCACUAGCCCAUUACUUGUGAAACCAUCUGACCUUUCAGAAGAAAAUAAGAUAAAUUCAUCGGUGAAAUUCGCUUCUGGUAAUACUGUAGAUGGUUACAGUAGUUCAGACUCUUUUACUUCUGACCCAGAACAGAUCGGGAGCAAUGUAACUCGUCAAAGGUCUCAUUCAGGAACGUCGCCUGAUAACACUGCACCACCACCUCCCCCUCCAAGGCCACAGCCCUCUCAUUCUAGAUCAUCAUCUUUAGAUAUGAAUCGGACCUUUACAGUCACCACAGGACAACAACAGGCUGGAGUUGUUGCCCAUCCUCCUGCAGUGCCUCCAAGACCACAGCCCUCACAGGCUCCUGGUCCUGCUGUGCAUCGCCCAGUGGAUGCCGAUGGCCUCAUAACUCACACUAGUACCUCACCUCAGCAGAUACCAGAGCAACCAAAUUUUGCAGAUUUCAGCCAGUUUGAAGUAUUUGCUGCAUCAAAUGUAAACGACGAACAAGAUGAUGAAGCCGAGAAACAUCCAGAAGUCCUGCCGGCUGAAAAAGCUUCUGAUCCUGCAAGUUCUCUUCGAGUUGCCAAAACAGAUAGUAAAACUGAAGAAAAGACAGCUGCUAGUGCUCCUGCCAAUGUGAGCAAAGGCACAACACCACUUGCUCCACCACCUAAACCUAUUCGAAGAAGAUUAAAAUCAGAAGAUGAAUUAAGGCCAGAAGUUGAUGAACAUACACAAAAGACAGGUGUCUUAGCUGCUGUUCUUGCAUCACAACCUUCUAUUCCCAGAUCUGUUGGGAAAGAUAAGAAAGCUAUUCAGGCAUCAAUUAGACGUAAUAAGGAAACCAACACCGUUUUGGCCAGAUUGAAUAGCGAAUUGCAGCAACAAUUAAAGGAUGUUCUUGAGGAGAGAAUUUCCCUGGAAGUUCAACUGGAACAACUUCGACCAUUCUCUCACCUAUAAGCCAAUUGCCGUUAACUGUGAACAUACUUGUUUUUAAGUGGUUUUGGGUUCAAAGCCAAUUUGGAGACCCAGACAUUCAGCUCACUGCUUAACUCAACAUUAAAUUUUAUGAUUCUGUUUUGCCCUAUAUGUUCACCGUUGUAUUUAAGUAUCUUUUUUUUUUUAAUUUCGACAAUAAAAAGGUCAGGAUGACGUUUUCUGGA